AAGGUAGGAGAGAACGAAGGGGGAGGGGAGGCAUUGCAGCGCAGUGCAAGCUGACUGGAUGAGUAGCAGCCGCGGCACAGGCAGCAGCAUCAGCACCACUAGCUGUAGCAUCUUUCUUUGUGGCUGCUGGAGGCUGUCUUGUGGCUGCCGUAGCAUCAACAUCCUCCACACAUAAAUAUCUGGACACAGGCGUCCCCACUGCCUGCUUUACACACACACACACAUGUCGUGGUGGCCACCGAGGACGAGGUAGUAAGUGACGGGGCUCGGGGGACAGAGGGACACAGGAAGAGGAAACAGGGACGACUGGUGGUAGUGCAAACGAGAGGAGGGCUGGAGCGACGGAGACUAGAGCAGCAGCAGCAGCAGUAGCAGCGGCACCAUGGCGCAAGCCGCUAAGCAGCUCCGUAAGACCAAGGACCUCGCAGAGGCCGCCGCCCAGGAGCAGCGGGAGAAGGAGGAGGAAAAGUUAAAAAGGAGGAAUCGAUCCAGAGACCGCAGGCGCAAGGCCGAUGCAGCCACCAGUUUCCUGCGUGCAGCUCGCUCAGGGAACCUGGACAAGGCUCUGGAUCACCUGAAGAAUGGAAUAGACAUCAACACAGCUAAUCAAAAUGGUCUAAACGGGUUACACCUGGCCUCUAAAGAAGGUCAUGUCAAAAUGGUCCUGGAGCUGCUACACGCUGGCAUUGAGCUGGAAGCCACCACCAAGAAAGGGAACACAGCUCUCCAUAUCGCAGCGCUGGCAGGCCAGGAGAAAGUGGUGGCUGAGCUUGUCAACUACGGUGCCAACGUUAAUGCCCAGUCACAUAAAGGGUUCAGUCCUCUUUACAUGGCAGCACAGGAGAAUCACUUAGAGGUGGUAAAGUUCCUGCUCGAGAACGGUGCCAAUCAGAGUCUCCCAACCGAGGAUGGCUUCACUCCUCUGGCAGUAGCUCUCCAGCAGGGUCAUGAAAAUGUUGUGGCACUGCUCAUCAACUAUGGCACCAAAGGCAAGGUCCGCCUCCCUGCGCUGCACAUCGCUGCACGAAACGACGACACACGCACUGCUGCAGUGCUCCUGCAAAACGACCCCAACCCUGAUGUUCUCAGCAAAACUGGCUUCACACCUCUCCAUAUUGCAGCUCACUAUGAGAAUAUGAGCGUAGCCCAGCUGCUGCUGAACAGAGGAGCCAAUGUAAACUUCACCCCCAAGAAUGGCAUCACACCCCUUCAUAUAGCCUCCAGGAGGGGCAAUGUGAUGAUGGUCAGACUACUGCUGGACAGAGGAGCACAGAUUGAUGCCAAAACUAAGGAUGAGCUAACUCCUCUCCACUGUGCAGCCAGGAAUGGUCAUGUUCGUAUAAUUGAAAUCCUGCUGGAACAUGGUGCUCCCAUCCAGGCGAAAACCAAGAACGGUCUGUCCCCCAUCCACAUGGCAGCUCAGGGGGAUCACAUGGACUGUGUCAGGCAGCUACUGCAGUACAACGCUGAGAUUGAUGAUAUCACGCUGGACCAUUUAACUCCUCUUCAUGUAGCAGCCCACUGUGGUCACCAUCGGAUGGCCAAAGUCCUACUGGACAAGGGGGCCAAAGCCAAUGCACGUGCUCUGAAUGGCUUCACACCUCUCCAUAUUGCUUGCAAGAAGAACCACAUGCGGUCCAUGGACCUGCUGCUUAAGCAUUCUGCUUCCCUAGAAGCUGUCACAGAGUCUGGUCUCACUCCUCUUCAUGUAGCAGCAUUCAUGGGCCAUUUGAAUAUAGUGAAGAACCUGCUCCAGAGAGGAGCUUCACCUAAUGCUUCCAAUGUGAAAGUGGAGACUCCCCUCCACAUGGCGUCCAGAGCGGGACACUGUGAAGUUGCUCAGUUCCUGCUGCAGAACGCAGCACAAGCAGACACCAAGGCUAAGGAUGACCAGACACCUCUGCACUGUGCGGCCCGCAUGGGCCACAAGGACCUUGUCAAGAUGCUCCUUGAGCACAAGGCCAACCCCGACUCAGCUACAACUGCGGGCCACACGCCCUUACACAUUUCUGCACGCGAAGGACAUGUUCACACUAUUCGUAUUUUGUUGGAUGCUGGGGCUCAGCAGACCAAGAUGACAAAGAAAGGCUUCACUCCCCUCCAUGUGGCCUCUAAAUAUGGCAAGGUGGACGUGGCUGAGCUCCUACUGGAGAGAGGAGCCAACCCUAAUGCAGCUGGGAAGAACGGUCUGACACCCCUUCAUGUGGCCGUCCAUCACAACAACCUGGAUGUUGUUAGACUCCUGGUCAGCAAGGGAGGAUCUGCACACAGCACUGCCCGAAAUGGCUACACUGCCCUGCACAUAGCGGCAAAGCAGAACCAGAUGGAGGUGGCCAGUUGUCUGCUGCAGAACGGGGCAACUCCUAAUUCAGAGUCCCUCCAAGGCAUCACGCCCCUACACCUGGCUUCACAGGAGGGGCGGCCCGACAUGGUGGCCCUGCUCAUCUCCAAACAGGCCAACGUAAAUCUGGGAAACAAGAAUGGGUUGACCCCUCUGCAUCUUGUGGCUCAGGAAGGUCAUGUGGGAAUCGCUGACAUGUUGGUUAAACAAGGAGCUUCCGUUUACGCUGCUUCACGGAUGGGCUACACACCCCUUCAUGUGGCCUGUCACUAUGGCAACAUCAAGAUGGUGAAGUUCCUCCUGCAGCAGCAGGCUCAUGUGAACAGCAAGACAAGGAUGGGCUACACCCCUCUGCACCAGGCAGCUCAGCAGGGCCAUACUGAUAUUGUCACCCUGUUGUUGAAACACGGAGCCCAGCCCAAUGAGAUUACUUCGAAUGGGACAUCUCCCCUGGGUAUUGCCAAGCGGCUGGGUUACAUCUCUGUCAUUGAUGUGCUCAAACUGGUUACCGAGGAGUCCGUCUCCGCGAUCACGACAGAGAAGCAUCGGAUGAGUUUCCCAGAGACAGUAGAUGAGAUUUUGGAUGUUUCGGAGGAUGAAGGGGUUGCCCAGCUAACGUUAGGAGAUGAGUUGCUCGGGAUGGAUGGAGCACGCUAUUUAAAGCUUGAUGACUUUAAGGACCAGGACGAUGACUUCCUCUCCCCGAAGAAAACCCUCAGAGACUUUGAGGGCGGCAUGGGAACCACGCCAUAUUCUCCUGCUAUUCCCAGGAUCCCUUGUGUGUCCCCAGAGACUGUACUGCUGGAUCAGCACACCCCUGUUCCACUGCCAAAGGAGUAUGAUGAAGACUCUCUUAUCCCAAGCAGUCCGGCUACGGAGACUUCAGACAACGUCAGCCCUGUGGCAAGCCCUAUUCACACUGGCUUCCUGGUGAGUUUUAUGGUGGAUGCUCGAGGAGGCUCCAUGCGAGGCAGCAGACACCAUGGCCUGCGAGUUAUUAUCCCUCCUCGAACCUGCACUGCACCAACACGCAUCACCUGCCGUCUGGUCAAACCUCAGAAGCUGACCACACCGCCUCCACUGGUGGAGGGGGAGGGGCUUGCUAGCCGUAUCAUCUCCUUAGGGCCAUCAAGUAUGCAGUUCCUUGGACCUGUAAUAGUAGAAAUCCCCCACUUUGCCUCACUGGGCCGAGGAGACAGAGAGCUUGUGGUCCUCCGCAGCGAAAAUGGCUCAAUCUGGAAGGAACACCGCAAUCGCUACGGUGACGAAGUGCUGGAAACUAUUCUAAAUGGCAUGGAUGAAGACUUGGAGAGUCAAGACGAGUUGGAGAAGAAGAGAAUCCGUCGGAUCAUCUCCACUGACUUCCCCCUCUACUUCGCUGUGGUGUCCCGCAUUCAGCAGGAGAGCGAUCUGAUCGGUCCAGAGGGCGGCCGGUUGACCAGUAAGCUGGUGCCACAUGUCGAGGCCAUCUUCCCCGAGACAGCUGUCACCAAGAGAGUGCGACUGGGGCUGCAGGCGCAGCCUAUCCCUGAUGAACUGCUGACUCGCCAGCUUGGUAACCAGGCGACCUUCAGCCCAGUAGUUACCAUCGAGCCACGCCGACGCAAAUUUCACCGUCCAAUCGGGUUGCGCAUCCCUUUGCCACCAUCCUGGCGGGAGAGUCCUCGAGAUGCUGGGGAGGGUGACACUACCAGCUUGCGCCUCCUCUGCAGUGUCAUCGGUGGCACAGCACCGGCUCAGUGGGAGGACAUCACUGGAACCACCAAGCUAAUGUACGCCCACAACUGUGCCAACUUUACCACCAAUGUCUCUGCAAGAUUCUGGCUGGCAGACUGUCCACGAACAGCGGAGGCAGUGGCCUUUGCCAAUUUGUUGUACCGGGAGCUGAUGGCGGUUCCAUAUAUGGCCAAGUUUGUUAUUUUUGCGAAGAUGAAUGAAGCACGGGAGGGACGCUUGCGUUGUUACUGCAUGACAGAUGACAAAAUGGACAAAACACUGGAGCUGCAUGAAAACUUCACCGAAGUGGCCCGCAGUCGAGACAUUGAGCUGAUGGAGGGCAUGCCGCUGCACCUGGAGUGUUCAGGGAACCUCGUGCCAAUCAGGAAGGCCACCCAGCAGCCUCGCAGCUUCAGCUUCCAGGCCUUCAGAGAUAACAGGCUGCCCGUCUCUGUCAAGGUCAGAGAUAGUAACAAGGAUGCAACUGGGUUUUUGUCCUUUCUGCGGAAGUGCACCAAGUAUGAGGACACACAGCAUGUACUGUGUAACCUAAACAUAACCAUGCCGCCCUGCGUCAAGGUUGUUGGAAGUGAGGAGCGCAGAAGAACCUUAACCCCCCUCGCCCUGAGGGAACGCUACAGUGCACUGAACGAGCCUGGUUUGGCCACGGUGAAUGCCAUGGAGAGGACUGAGAUCAAGAUCAACAUCAUUUCAGAGCAGCUGGGAUUGAGCUGGGCAGAGUUGGCACGCGAGCUUCAGUUUGGUGUGGACGACAUCAACAGGAUCCGUGUGGAGAAUCCCAACUCACUGCUGGACCAGAGUUCUGCCUUGCUCAACCUGUGGGCCAGCAGAGAAGGCAAAAGGGCCAAGAUGGAGAGCCUUUACACCGCUCUGAAAAACAUUGAUCGUGCAGACAUUGUAACAUCUCUGGAGGGUCAGGCUCCACAGCCAGCACCCGGUUCUUUAGAGGAGGGCGCCUGUCGACUCAGCGAUCGUGACUCCACCCUGCUGUCCCCCAGUGUGCUCAAUGAGGUCACGGACACAAGGCCACCGCGCCUAGUGCGCAAGCCACGAGUUAUUAGACCCCCGUUUUUCAGAAGGGGUUAUGGGCUGGUGCAGGAGGAGCUGCUGUCCCCGGCCUCCAUGCAGUACAGCUUGCCCUCCCCGCUGGGCGCCGAGCCCUACUGGCAGGAAGUCUCCAGCCUUGAGUGCGCCCCCAUCGCCACCACCGAGGAAGACACAUUAAUGGAGAUGUCGGAUGUUCAGGUGUGGCCAGCAGGGGUCAGCCCCUCGUUGGUCACGGUGGAGGACUCGUCACUAGAGGGCAGCAGUCGGGCUGACGACUCAGAGGGCGCCACGCUCUCCCUUCCUUGCAGCUUGGGGCGCCCGAGCAGCGGUGCCAGCGGGGCUAGCGGCUCAAUCAUGGAGCUGGAAGAGGAGGAGGAGGAGGAGGAGGAGGAAGGGGAGGUUGAGGAGGAGGAGGCGCCACAGGAGCCAGCAACUGUACUGGCAGAAUAUGACAGAGUGAGGGCCAGUGGCGCCGUUCCCAAGGUCAACCUAAAUGGACAGCUGGGAGGUCAGAGGUUGGAUGGGAGGAGAGGGGAGGUCCUCGCAGCAGGAGGUGGAGCAAAAGGAGGAGGUGGAGGUAUUGGGUUGGGUUCAGUGGAAGGGAUUUCUGUUGUUUCAGGCCAGCAGGUGUACGCCCAGCGGUGUGAGAUGUCGGGACUGAGUCGGGCUUCGGAGCACAAUGGAGAUAACCGGGUGGUUGGAGGUGGAGCAUUUCAACCUUACUUACCAGACAAGGACUCCCUGCAGGGCUGGGUGGGCUCAGUGUCAUCAGGACGUGACGGCAGCAUGCCAGGCUUGCGCGUGGCCCAGGAGGCUCUGCUGACUCCGAGAGAGGAGAAAGAGGACUAUGCUGCUGAGGCGCAGUUUGUUGAUGAACACGGACGCGUACUUGCCAGAAAGGACCGGAAAGCCACUGCCAAAUCAUCCUCCACAAAAACACAACCAGGCCGGAGAGGAAAAUGAGCAAAGGAGAGGAAGACAGAGACUAAGACGUGCAAACAACAACAAUGACAAACACAAUAUCAUCCUCUACGUGUGACCAUGGAGCACCACAAAAGAGACAGAGGAGAAAAAAAAAAAAAG